AUGUCUGGCCCUGGUGUCGGCUUCGAGUACCCUCCCCAGCCCGUGGCUUGGCUGAAGCGCGAUGUGCUGCUCUUUGCAAACUCCAUUGGCGUGACGGCCGACGAGCUUCACUAUCUCUAUGAACUGCAUCCCAACUUUGCCGUCUUCCCUACCUAUCCCACCGUCCUGCCAUUCAAGGGCGACUCACAAGAAGUCAUCGACUUCUACGCCUCCCAGAAAAAGACCAAGAUCCCCGGCGUCCCCGACUUCGACUCCCGCCGCGUCGUCGACGGCCAGCGCAAGAUCGAGUUCCUCAAGCCCCUGCCCGUCACGUCGGCCGGCCGCAAGUUCGAGCUCCGCCAAAAGGUGCUGGGCGUCUACGACAAGGGCCGUCCGGGGUCCGUCGUCGACACCCAGCUCGAGCUCGUCGACGCCGACUCCAACGAGGUCUACACGCGCCUCCUCGGCAGCUCCUUUUUCGUCGCCCAGGGCAACUGGGGCGGGCCAAAGGGUCCCGCGACCGAGAGCUUCCCGCCGCCCAAGGACAAGAAGCCCGACUGGGUGCUGGAGCACCAGAUCUCCAAGGAGGCGGCGCACCUGUACCGGCUCAACGGCGACUACAACCCGCUGCACGCGACGCCCGAGCCCGGCGUCAAGAUGGGCUUCCCCGGCGCCAUCAUGCACGGCCUGUAUUCGUGGAACGCGACUGCUCAUUGCAUCCUCAAGGCGCUGGCGGGCAGCGAUCCCACUCACAUCAAGGAGUACCAGGCCCGGUUUGCCAGCCCCGUGAUGCCCGGCGACAAGCUCGUCAUCAAUGUCUGGAGGACGGGCGAGAAGAAGGGCGACUUUGAGGAGAUUCGCUUCGUUGUUGCCGUGGAGAACGGAAAGGUGUGCUUGAGCAACGGCCGGGCUCUGGUCAAGGUGCUGGGAGACGUUGUGGGCGACAUCAAGGGAAAGCUGUAA